AUGGGAGAUCAUCUCACUCUCCCCUCUCCAAACCCUAAUCCCCCACCGUCUCUCCUCCCUCCCGGCUGCCGUUUCUUCCCCUCCGACCAGCAUCUCCUCUCCGUCUACCUCACCCAGAAACACGCUCCGCGAAGCAGUCGCGACAAUUCUUCAAUCCCCGAUGUGAUCAAGGAGAUCAAUUUGUACGAUUACGAGCCGUUCAAUUUGCCUGAUUCGAUAUGCUUUCGGUUCGGGAAAGGGGGGAGAAAGAGGCAUUAUUAUUGCUUUGUGGUGGCUAGGGUUAGGGAUGAGGAGAGGAGGAGAGGGGGAGGGGCUGGCUACUGGAAGAGGACUGGGAGGGUGAGGGAUGUGGUGCUGGGGGAUGUUGUGAUCGGGACGCGGAGGGCUUUCGUGUUUUAUUUGGGGGAUUUGGGGAAAGGCGGGGCGAGGACAGAUUGGUUUAUGUAUGAGUAUGCCCUUGUUGAGCCCCAUUUGGCUUCUUUCGUACUGUGCCGAAUUUUUGUCAAGAGUCGUAAAAGUAAUACUAACACAUCUGAGCGCCCAUUAAGUUCUUGCGCUCAAGAUAGUGUUGCAAAAGUUCGACACAUUGGCAUCCAGCAUGAUGGCACGGUUGAUUUGGUCCCUUCGGAAUCUAACAUGCUGGGAAGGAAUUCUCCACAUCGCAACAAUCAAGUUGUGAGGUAUCCAAUGGAACUGGUUAGGGGUUCAGACAAUGUAGUCGUUGGUUGGCCAGUGGAUUUGCAGUUGGGAUUAUCUGGACAUGCAAGUGCUAGAGGCAUGAUGGCUGAUCCCUUGACUGCUGAGCAACUGACAGCCAUUUUAGAAGAUGAUUUUCUGGAGUUGAAUGAUCUUCUUUCUCCGUAUCCUGGCAUUGACUAG